GACUUGAAUGAAUGAAUGACAGACACACAGAAAGAAAAGCUGGAAAGGAAAAUAUAGUUCCCCCACCUAACCUUCCUUUGAUUGUUGUCUUUGCCACUCGUUGUCUUCUUUGUAAGCCCAAACCGAAGCAAGAAUCUUUUCCCAAACAAAAACGAAGACACCCAGAAAAAAAAAUAGGCCUGAGAUUCAUUCGCCGGCUGCCAAAUCCAACCCACAAUGUCCACAUUCAAAGACAAAGUUUCCGAGAGGCUCUCUCGUAUGUUUGCCGAUCCACCCAGCUCAGCCUCUUCUGUUGUUGACGAUGAAAUUCCCCAGGCCAGGUCAUAUUCGAAAGGGGGUAAAUCACUGUCUUCGUACUUUUCCUACAUUAUCCCAUCUGCAGGCGUUGCUGGAUCUAGAUCAUACAAGUGCGAGCUAUCAGUUCCGCUUAGUAAUGUCAACUUUGACUCCAAAGAUGAAACCUUAGAUACAUAUGAAGACUGUCAUUCAUCUGGCGAGAACGGGGUAACUGAAAAUGAUCGAGAAAAUGAUGAUGACCAUGCUUCUAUUGGGAGCACAAGUGGGUCUGAAGUGUUUGAAGAAGCAACUUUACAGUCAAGUUCAGAAAAGCAGUUGGCAUAUCUCAUGGAUGACUCUGUCUUUAUCUCCUCAGACUUGCAUGAAUUCUUGCUUUCUUCUCUUCCUAAUAUAGUGAAAGGGUGCCAAUGGGCACUGCUAUACAGUACGGCAAAACAUGGUAUAUCCCUCCGCACACUAAUUCGCAAGAGUGCUGAAGUUUCUGGUCCAUGUCUGCUGAUUGCUGGAGAUAUGCAAGGUGCUGUAUUUGGUGGACUCCUGGAGGCCCCCUUGAAACCAACUGCAAAGAGAAAAUAUCAAGGAACAAACCAGGCAUUUGUUUUCACUACCAUAUAUGGUGAACCAAGGCUAUUUAGACCAACUGGAGCCAAUCGAUACUAUUUCAUGUGUUUGAAUGAUCUGCUAGCUUUUGGCGGUGGUGGUAACUUUGCUAUAUGCUUAGAUGGAGAUCUGUUAAGCGGAACGAGCGGACCUUGUGAAACAUUUGGGAACUUGUGCUUGGCUCAUAAACCAGACUUUGAAUUGAAGAAUGUUGAGCUUUGGGGCUUUACACAUGCAUCACGGUAUCUGUCUUGAUACGAGGCUAAAAUGAUUCUGCAUCAAAGCUAGAACAUUGUGCUCAUUUGUAACUAUAGAUGUAUGUCUUUAUUAUUCCAUUAUAUUUUCUUUUUCUUCAAGUUGACAUGGGAUGAAUGACAAAGUAAUUAGUAAUUAGAUUUAAAUGUGGUAGCUCAUAGUCUUAGUUGCUAUAUGCAAAAGUAUAAUGCCUUUAUAAUAUAGUUUCUUUAUAGUUU